UGCCAGUUUAUAUUCUGUACCCAUCUGCCAACCUCAUCAACAGGUUAUAUUUCGAGCUACCCCGGGCUGCUUGCAAUGCCUCUUCAAUAUUUAAAAAGCCAUAGUUGAUAACACUGCCUUGAUGAGUCUGUCGGCGUUGACGACUUUCACCUCAACAUGAUCCGGUAAAGUCUUGGCAGGGGUUCAGAUCGAGCCGCCUCAUCCAACGGCUUCAACCGCCCAUUGAAUGACGCACAUGGCUUUGUUGGCAACCUCACCCCAUCAGGAAUCCAUUCACAAACCAUCACCAUCCUAACACUCUUCCCAUCAGUAUCACCAAACUUGUCGCCAUGUCCAAACCUUGGAUCUUCCUCACCCCCUCAACCCGCGGCAUCUCCCACUCCCUCCUCCACCACCUCCUCCGCACCACCCCCUCCACAAUCCCCAUCCUAGCCACCACCCGCUCCCCCAACCUUCCCCCCUCCUAUCCCGAAUCAGACCGCCUCCACGUCGUAAACCUAGACGUAAAAGAUGAAUCAGCCAUCCAAUCCGCCGCCGAAAAAGCCAGGGAACUGUUCCCGCCCAAAACCCACCACCUCCACCUGGCCCUCACCCUCCCCGGCAUCCUCCUCACCCCCCCCGAGAAAUCCAUCUCCCAAAUCACCGAGCCCAGCCUCCUCGAAACGCUGAGGAUAAACACCCUCGGCCCAGUCCUCUUAAUGAAGCACUUCGUCCCUUUUCUCCCAAAGAGAUCCGCCCCUCUCGAGCCCACAGAAGGUCUACCCCCCCACGCAACUUGGUUGUCUGUCUCGGCGCGAGUAGGCAGCAUGACCGACAACCGCCUCGGAGGCUGGUACUCCUACCGUCUUUCCAAAUCAGCCCUCAACUCGGCCGUCAAAACCCUCGACCUCGAGCUCCAGCAAAAGUCAGCCUCCAAAUGCAUAGCGGUAGGCUACCACCCGGGCACCGUCAAGACCGACCUCUCCCGCGGAUUUUGGUCCGGCGUCCCCGAAGCAAACCUCUUCUCCCCAGACGACGCAGCCGAAAAGCUCUGGAACGUGAUCACUUCCUUAAACCCAUCACAGCGAGGCAAAAUCUGGGACUGGAAAGGAGAGGAGGUGCCCCCUUGAUGUGUGGUAGUAAAUCAAGAUACGCUUUGAUAGAAACAAAACUUGUGCUUUUGUGUAAUACCUCCAUACAGCGCCCCAAGCAGCGCUUAGCUAGAAGCAGUACGUCUAUACAUGAGAAAAGUAACCAGCGACAAACGGC